AUGAAGGCGUUAAUGUGCCUCCUUCGUCAUGUUCUGAUCUGCUCGGCGGUCUUCAACUUAUUGACAUUUUUAACUGGUCUCUUUCUUGGUAUUUUACGAGAGGAUUUGUUGAUUGUUUCGUUGGUGCUGACAGUGGCUGGCUUACUAGGAAUGUUGUUGUUUGCUAUUACUUGGUUUAUACGUCCCAAGGUAAUCCAUCGCCCGAUAUACUUCGUAAAACAUUGGAAAGAAGAGAAAUUUAGCAAAGAGGCUACAAUUAAUCCGGAUACAACGGAAGCUGUAAUGAAGAAUAUUAGAGGGAUUCCGUUCCUCAUUCAAGCUAUUCAGUACUCUAUGGAAGCAACCUACUACCGCGAUAUACUCAGCGAAAUGGGCGAGGGUGUAGUCCGUACCUCAGUUAUUCAUACUGCUCCUGCUUGUACGAGCAUUUUAGACUCGGAAAGUGAAGAUGAAACGAAAGCGGUUCCAUUUACACCAAGGAACUCUGCUGAAGAACAGUGGCUUCCCUUUGGCGAGUCUUGGCGCAAUGAGCAGCUGCGUCUGUCACUCGAAAGAGGAAGUAGUAACUUACUUGUUUUUCCAUACUGUGAAGCCUCCCCUCAUGGGGAUCGUGGGCACGAGGCCGUUGAACACGAUUUUUCACGGAUAGAGAGCAUAAAACGACCACAUGGCGGAAGAAACAAGAGCCAGAAUCGGCAACAAUUCCAAGUACGAUGCAUCGGAAUGAUUCAUAUUUUCGUGGUGCAACAGCAAAGCACUAUGAUUCUUUUAUAUUUGAUUUCUUUAAACUGGGUUCUCGUAACUCCUUCUCCUCGAUAUUCUAUUGAGAACGAAAUUAUGGGUGAACCUACGGUUGACUGUGCGGAUUCGCUUGUUGGUUUAACCUUCAAGACACGAAAACCAUUUUCUGGACGAGUUUACGUGUACGGAAUGGCUGGCGAUAGCAAAUGCAGCAAAGCUUUUGUUGAAAAUCAGAAUCAAAGCAGGCUUUCUAUGCACUUCAAAAGUGGAGAUUGUACAAUGCAAAGACAAAGAGUUUCGGGUCAAAUUAGCGGUCUAAUAUCUUCACUUGUUGUCGUCGUUUCAUUCCAUGGAACCUUCGUAACAAAAGCUGAUCGAGCUUAUAAGUGUAUAUGUUUUUUCAGGAGUCAAAAAACAUUGACAAAUUCGAUAGAAAUGUCACCGCUUGGCACCACAGAACUUCUGAAUACUGUUCCCACGCCGACAUGUACCUAUUCGAUACAUACUCAGACUCCGGAUGGUCCUAUUGUGAUUAUGGGUACGGUAGGCGAAAAGAUAUAUCAUGUCUGGCAGUGCGAUUCAUCGGCUACUGGAUUUUUGGUGCACAGUUGUUCGGUCGGAGAUGGCCGAGGAGAACGAAUAGAUCUUAUCGAUGUGGACGGUUGUGCCGUUGACCCAGCAAUCCAGCCUGAUGUUUUCUACGAAGACGAGAAUCGAGCAGUUGUUGAGGUUUACGGAUACAAAUUCAGUGGUGCAAGCGUCCUGAAUUACGAAUGUGUGCUGGAAAUUUGUCGAUCAAACUUGGAAUGCGAAAACCUAACUCCUCCAAAAUGUGACAGAGAACAAAAAGAAAAAAGCGUAUUCCCUCAAGAAGCACUGAGGAGGUCAAGAUCCAUCGGACAAGAUAUGAGUCAUCAUAAUAAACGUGGUCAAAUCGAAGUGGCUGCAACGUUGACCAUGGAAGACAGGAUGGAUCCUAAUACGGUGACGUCAGCAAAUGACUUACCUACUCUGAACCAGCAGACAAAUUCGACAUCAUCUGACUUCUCACGAACCGUCUGUCUACCAGCAUUUUCUAUACUCUUUACCAUUAUCCUAUUCGCUUUCAUUUUCAUUACUUCCAUGAUUGUUGUAUUCUACGUUGCACGCUACCAAACAUAUGUGGUAAAUCCUAAAACAUAA